AAAGCAAAAUGUUCAAAUUCUUCGCUAUUGUCUUGAUGGCUGUCUUGGCCUGCGUUGCUGCUAAACCUGGUGUGGUAGCUCCUUUGGCCUAUAAUGCUCCUGUGGUAGCUGCUCCCUAUGCCGCCAGUGCUGUUGUCUCCCAGGAAUACCAUGGCAACUUUGCUGCUCCCUAUGUAGCUGCUCCUUAUGUGGCUGCUGCCUCGCCCUAUGUUGCUGCUGCCUCGCCCUAUGUAGCUGCUGCUUCUCCCUAUGUAGCUGCUCCUUAUGCUGCUGCUCCUUAUGCUGCUGCCACCUAUGCUGCCGCUGCUCCCUAUGUUGCUGCCCCAUACAGCGCCCCCUUGUUGUUGAAGAAAUAAAUUGUUCUGUCUACCAACAUUGGAUACCAAGGACUAAGGAUACUCACUCAGGAAUAGG